UGGUUUGCAAUGUGCAUUCAAGCAACGAGAAGAGAGCGAUAAGCCUUUUGUGGUGUUGAAGACAGUUUUGCACAAAAGGGGAGAUCGGAGAUGGCCUUGUCCUCAAUGCUCUCGUCCCCGGCUGUCCAGGCCGCCCCGGCUCAAGCCGCCAUGGUCGCCCCGCUCACUGGCCUCAAGUCCGCCUCCGCUUUCCCGGUCAUCCGCAAGUCGAACGAGGACAUCACCUCUCUCUCCAGCAAUGGUGGAAGAGUCCAAUGCAUGCAGGUGUGGCCUCCGGUCGGCAAGAAGAAGUUCGAGAUGCUGUCCUACCUCCUUCCCCUCUCUCCCGAAUCCUUGGCCAAGGAAGUCGACUACCUCCUUCGCAUGGGAUGGAUUCCCUGCCUUGAAUUUGAGCUCGAGGUGACGUUUCCUCUUCAUCCUCUCUAAAUACUCAACUAGAUGUCUCUAAAUAGCACUCAUUUAGGAAUGUGCCUUCCCAAAUCUGAUGUUGUGUUUGUGAUCCUCAACGUCGCGCAAAAGGGGUUCGUGUAACGUGAGAACCACAAGUCCCCCAGGUACUACGACGGGCGCUACUGGACAAUGUGGAAGCUCCCCAUGUUCGGGUGCACUGACUCGGCCCAGGUGUUGAAGGAGCUGGAGGAGGCCAAGAAGGCUUAUCCCCACUCGUUCAUCCGGAUCAUCGGGUUCGACAACAAGCGCCAAGUGCAGUGCAUCAGCUUCAUCGCCUACAAGCCCCCGGGGCUUCUAAAUUCACUACCCGCUCGGGUUGAAUAAAGGGUUUAUGCCGUGAACUUUUCUUUUGAACUCUUUGGAUCACUUGUGCUUUCGCAAUGCCUGCUGCAGUUGUUGUCUUUUUCCCUUGUGGUGUUUUUUGAUCAAUUUGGACUACCCGGAAUGAUAGAAGGGCCUCAAUGUACAUAAUUGAGUAAAUCUAAUGUCAGAUCAAGUCCUUUUAUCACACCAAA